GCUCGUGCAAUAGAAAAUGGAAACACGUGCUAACCACGAGUAAGGACGGACAAGCAACGUUCGGAUCGAAAGCCAACCUGACAACCGCCGUCUUAUCUGGCUCUAGCGUCAGAAUCCUCCUGACGUCAGACAACUUCUUAACCAGCGUUCAGAACGUCAAAACGAUUGGCGCCAAUGUCUGCGGCCAGGCUCUGAUGCAAAUAAGCAAAGCGAGCUAUGAUUCCUUCCAGGACAAGGCUUACUGGUGGUUUCUGAACGUGUGCACAACGGGUCAGGUCCAUAUAAACCGCUAUUACGUUGGCAGCAACGUUUCAAACGGCAUAAAUAAAGAUACGCAUGAAAUCAAGUGGUUUAUCAGAGACUUCAUUGAAAAGGCAAUGAUGCAAAACAACGACACUGCCAUUUCUGGAAGUAUCACAGAUGUCAUGGAUGAUGUAGAAGUAGGAAGUGAUAUACGUGUACUGGCUGAUGGCUAUGCGGCCACCAUGAACAGUGUACAGAUUGGCGCUAACAAGGAUCUGGUCGUUGGACAAGCUGUCUGGCACGUCAGCCAAAAGACGGUGCGACCAAACAGCGAGUUCCAAGGCAACGACUAUUGGUGGUUCACCAGUUGGGCCACUGACGGCACCUUUGCAGCCUCUCGUUGGCAGAUAGGGGACCAUACCAGUCGCGGAGAGUAGAUGGGAGCACGUAGUUUGACAUGGUUCACAGACAACUGCUGGAUGCUGGCGUACCAACAUGACGCAGCGGGAAAACAAGUGCAGGGGUCUAUUGAUUUGCUUCUGUCGGCUGUAUUACAAGGACACCGGGUCAAGGUCAUGUUCGACUCCAUAACCGCCGAACCAGAUGAUGUGUCCAUACAAGGUGUCCACGUGAGUUCCGUCUUGAUCAGUAUUGUGGCCAAGAGCUCUAACGAUAUCCGGGCAUUCAACGCAAGCGGAAUAUGGGACUGGAGAAUAUUGACCACGACGGGAACAGAGACAACCCUUCGGGUUAAUGUUGGCGAAUACGUCGAACAAGGUCGAACAACUGGAAAGAAAGCUGUAAGCUGGUUUAUCGACACACGUCCUUGGGUUCAGGUCCUUGUAAAUAGCAAGACAGGGAGUGUCCUGUCUGGAAGCAAAGCGGCUCUUAUCAGCGCGGUGCAGUCGGGGGCACGAGUGCGAUAUGUUCUCAGCGUUGACCCAUCGACUUCCGAUGUAUCGGUACACGAGGCAGAUAAUCUGGCGGUGAGCGGAAGCGAGGUCAGCGCCGCUCACAUUCGCUCCGUUAGUCUAUCAAGUCGUCCUAUGGAAGUUGAUUUCCUUUCCAAUCCCUUUUGGUGGUUCACACAGUCUACGACAACCGGAAAGUUGGACAUGUCCCGUUGGACGGUUGGUGAACACGAAAGUCGCGGUCACAUAAGUAUCACUACUCAGAUCACGUGGUUCGUGAACAACUGAGCUAACGAAGAAGCCAAUGACAGGCAAAACUUUCGUUUUAAACAACUAUUAAAGGAACAAUUUGUUUUACAGAAUUAUACCGCAUUUACCUAAAUUCCCCUUUCUGACAGUUAAGCUCGAUUGAAAAAGAAAAUAGGGCUCGCAUUUUUGUAUUCUAUUUAUCCUGCUUCAUUUGUCUUUGAUAAAAUGUUUCAACGGCAUAAAGCAGGAUAAAUAGAAUUCAUUGUUGGUGCCGAGAUGGAGAAAGUUUAUCCGGUUCUGCCCGAAAAAGAAAAAAGCUCGCCCUAUUUUCUUUUUCUAAGCCUAACCGGAUAAACUUUCUCCAUAUCGGCACCAACCAUGUAUGGUUGUAUUACACUAAGUAGAUCUAUAACAUGUAAUAAACACAUUAAUUAUACUUUAUAACAAUAGUCUUUUUAAUAUGCAUUACAUAAAAUCAGUGAAAAUGCAAACACAAUUAUCAAAGCAAACGAAGAGGAUCGUUGAAUUAUUGUAAUAUAGUGUUGAUUUAUUAUGGUCACCAACGAGGCGUGUGAGAAAUGAAAUGAAAAUAAGUUUUGUCACACAAAAUUUGUGUUAUUGUCAUCAUUUUCACAAUAAAUGUUUGAUGAUUACUUUACUGUCAAGAACCGAUGAUAGUCUUUUUGCGAAGUAAUGUUUUUAUAACUAUCAGCGAAGUUGCCAAUCGCUCAUAAAAAGUUUAAUAUAAAUGAUCUUCAAACCGUUGACAGAACAUAGCAUGACUACAACGUUUGGUUUGAAGUCUUUUGUUACCUUUGCUUCUUUCACCUGAUAAGAGGCGGAUGGACAUUCCUUCAACAGUUCCUCUUUUUAAGAUGGUAUACAUUCUCUAAAUCUUGAAUGUUAUAAUAAUAUAUUAUUUGGAAACCCAUUGAACUAAGAUGCAUGUUUCUGAGCAGACGUUCGAUUGACUGCGAUACAUGAACAGAACGUAUCAUAAUUUCAAAGAUGCUGAAUAUGUAAAAUGAUAGUAUUUUUUGUUGGUAAAUAAAACGUGUACUGAUAAUAAGAAAUAAUUUGAAUGAUUGUAUUGAUAACAUAGUUACAUUCAUCAUUAAACAUCAGGAUGAUUA